UUUGACCCUUGGGAUUGCAUUGGGACCUUUAAAGGGGAGAGCUUCAACACCUUUGAAAAUCUGUUCAUCGCCAGCCAAACUCUGCCUUGCUGCGACUAUUGCUACCAAUUUGGCUCGAGCUAGGCAUUCCUUUCAGUACCUACUUGCGUGUGUCCCUGGAAAUCACGUUGGGCGUAGUUGGUUGUUGGGAUUGUUGGACAUCACACGAGGAAUUUUUUCCUCACUUUUUGGUUACCUACCUUACCAUAUGUGAUGGGAGACCACGCGUCAAGAAUGUCUGCAGAUACGGUCUCGUCAUCGCAUCCGGAUCGGCCGAUUCGACCAUUGCCAAAACGUCGACUGCGGGAAAGGCUUUCGCCAGAAGUGGCCGAUUCUAUCCAAUACCCCCCUGCACCACAGAACACGACCCCGCUGUUCUACUACAGCUACAGUACCAGAGACGACGAGACGGAACCUCUCAGUUCUCAUGGCCGUGAGAGGUUUUCCGACCGGGGAACAAGCCAGGGGCGGAGGACUGGUGGCGGAGCAGAGAGUGACGAGGACGAUUUCGGCACGAGAAGGAAUGCUCCUGGACGGCCGGGGGCGGACUCCUCCGGGUAUCCUCAACGUCUGCCGCUGAGACAAGAUAAUGGAAGGCACUCGAAUUCGCAGCCGCCCCUCUCCGCCGCGUCCUCGGCCGAUGGCUAUUACGACCCUUUCGAAAUGACCAACAACAACAAGAAACGCAAGAUUCCCACGGCAGGGGACACGGCACUGAAUGGUAGCCAUGGUAUCCAUGACGUUGUCCUCGGCGCGGACCCAUCGGCGACGCCAGUUCAGUCGAUUGAAGGCCAGGGCGAGUCCUCCCCCGCGACAUCGACUCCAUACUAUGGAUGCGGUAGCUUUGCAUCUGGGGCGCAGAACGUGUCCGGUCCCGGAAGAGGUAGAUAUGGUCGGGUCAGGAAUGGCCGGAGCCCCCUGCGGGCCUUGUCAGACUCAACCAAUAACUGGGCUGGGCGAAACGGAAAGCUGCGUCCCUCGCAGUUGCCAUUGCAGACUAAGAAGAUGACCUCGCAGCAAGGCCAAGAAAAUAGGAGUCUUCUUCAUCAGCAACUGUCAACAAAGGCCAGCCCGGCUUCCACCCAGUUUACAUUUACCUGCGAUUCCCAGGUCCCCGGCACGCUCAGUUGGCCAGGCUCCGAUCGCAACGCCAGUACGCCUAUGCUUCAUGUCCCCAAGGGAGAGAGCCGGCGAAGGAGCUCGCAAGAAACCCAGACCAGCAACGUCCCGUCGACCGCGGUUAACGGCCAUGCGGUAGAUGCAACCGCUCAGGACAACUCCGCCAAGAUGUCGAAGGCUGUUCAGAAUCAGGCGAAACCGUCGCAGAAGAAGUCUCGGAGACGAGAUGCUAAGGAGUUGCUCCUGGCCGCGAAGGCCAGGCGCAGACAAACGGAGAACCAGAACGCCCAUAAUCCGCCCAGAGCUGAGGACAUCUGGAUCUGCGAGUUCUGCGAGUACGAGGCGAUAUUUGGCCGCCCUCCGGAGGCGCUAGUUCGCCAGUACGAAAUCAAGGACCGAAAGCUCCGGCAACAGGAGGAAGAGCGCCGUCGGCUCCUGGAAAAGGCGAAGAUGCGGUCCCGCAAGGGAAAGAAGGGGAGUAAGGCGCCCGCUAAGAGCAACAACUCGUCGCAAGAUCGCAAUCCACCACAGGGAGGAAACCAAAUAGCCCACAUGAACAGCAACAACAGCCAGGAGACGCAUAGCGAGGAGUACGGCGACGAGGACGAGUACGAUGACGAGGAGGGAUACGGUCCCGAGGAACAGCCAUCAUUGAGGGAUGAGCCUCAUGUAUUGCACUAUAAGCCUCCGCUUGUUGGGGGUAUAGCGGGCAAUUAGGCGGGGCCUGUUGAAGAUGUAAUGGUCGGUUGGGUGCUGGUCCUCAGGCUUCCCCGAAACGUGCUGGUCAUGCUGGAUCUACCAGAUGGUAUGGGCUUGCUUGCCUCGUCUGGCUAACCCAGCGGCGACAUGUUGCUAC